AUGGCGAAAGCAGACGACGCACUUUCUCAAGCAGACCUUCAAAUCCACCAUGAUACCGCUUUUUCCGAAGAAAUAAGCCAAUCAUUCAUUCAAGAAUUCUUUGGGUUUUCUAAUGAAGAAUGGAGUCACACUACCUCUUUUGAUACUUCACCUGAACACGACAAUUUCGGCAGGAAAUUAGAUUCUUCAAAACCACCAAUCUCCGAUGAUGACGUUAACAAGCCAACAGCAAAGGUGAAAGAGACAAACCCCAUAUUCCGAUCGAGUUCAAGUUCCUUUAAAUACAUGCGCCGUAAAACAGUUUCCAGGCCGAGCACUUCGAGGUCAAUGUCCGUAACAGUUAUGGAGAGAAGCAGAAUGGCAUCUAAGAGCAACUCAAGGUGGCAGGUGUUUAUGUUUGGACUCGGAUCCGGUAAAUUUCCGACGAAGAUGGAUCUGAGUGACAUUAAGAGCAGGCAACUCCGUCGCAGGAGUACCCCUGAGAUGGAUUUGGGUGACGUGAUUAAGAGCAGGCAACCCCAUGAUCAGAGAAGUGGGAAAAAGGCGUGGUGGCGGUUUGUUGAUAUUUUGGGAUGUGGUGGUGGAUUUGUGAGAGACGUUGUGGUGGCUUUCUAA